GGUCCUUAGUGAAGUGGUCUCUCAUUGAAGAGGCGAUUUCCACGGUAGCCCCAAAACACAAUUUGCAAACUGGGAAAAAGCGGAUCGGUCUCUAUUCUCUUCACUGCAACUUUCAAUUCGUAUCUUUACCUCUCACACGACAAAGAUGGCUGAAGCUAAAUCAACUAUGAGGAAACCUGUGUUCACCAAGGUUGAUCAGCUGCGACCGGGCACUAGUGGCCAUAAUUUAACUGUAAAGGUUGUUAGUGCAAAGACGGUAUUACAGAAGGGUCGCCCUGACGGUCCCCAAGUACGGCGAAUGCGGAUUGCUGAGUGCAUAGUUGGAGAUGAAACUGGGACUAUUGUAUUUACGGCCAGGAAUGACCAAGUUGACUUGAUGAAGCCUGAUGCCACCAUAAUCCUGCGUAAUGCAAAAAUUGACAUGUUCAAAGGUUCAAUGAGACUUGCGGUGGACAAGUGGGGUCGUGUUGAAGUGACUGAACCUGGCAGCUUCACUGUUAAGGAAGAUAACAACCUGUCUCUGGUUGAAUAUGAACUGGUCAAUGUUGUGGAAGAGUGACUUGUUGAAAUGCAGUCAUUCGUGUUAUUUUGGGGCCAAAACAACUGAAUCAGGCAAGAUGUGGAUUGUGAUAUAUGAGAUGGCAAAGUGAGUUUAUGUUGUUUUCCGGGUUAUCUUGUUUGCAUGAUGUCCAGGAAAACUCUUGUUUAGGAAGAAGAAUCUGGAGUUAUUACUACAAAUGAAAGUCUGAUUGUUCUUCGGUGGCUGUCAAGGUGGCUGGUGGAACAAAGUAGGGCUCUAGCACCACUGAUAAUCGCAGUAAGAUUUGAUAAAUGGAACUUGCUUUGGUGGUUAUUUCUAUUGGGACAUGGAUUGCUCUUGUUAUGAAAUAUUAUAUAUGAAUAUUGUGCCAGUUCUUUCUCA